CAGGGUGUUGCAGUGGCCACGUGGUUCCCUUAGCUAAAAUGGCGGCAACAGUCAGCCCGACGUCUCUGGAGUCGGCCCCGCGGAUCAUGCGGCUGGUGGCGGAGUGCAGCCGAUCCAGGGCCCGGGCAGGGGAGCUACGGCUGCCGCACGGGCCGGUAGCCACUCCUGUGUUCAUGCCAGUGGGCACGCAGGCCACUAUGAAGGGCAUCACGGCCGAGCAGCUGGACGCUCUGGGCUGCCGCAUCUGCCUGGGCAACACCUAUCAUCUGGGUCUGAGGCCGGGCCCCGAGCUGAUCCAGAAAGCCCACGGUCUCCACGGCUUCAUGAACUGGCCCCACAAUCUACUGACGGACAGCGGCGGCUUCCAGAUGGUGUCUCUGGUGUCCCUUUCCGAGGUGACGGAGGAGGGCGUCCGCUUCCGUUCCCCUUACGAUGGCGACGAGACCCUUCUGAGCCCGGAGAAGUCCGUGGAGAUCCAGAACGCUUUAGGCUCGGACAUCAUCAUGCAACUAGAUGAUGUGGUCAGCAGCACUGUGACAGGGCCACGCGUGGAGGAGGCUAUGUACAGGUCCAUCCGCUGGCUGGACCGGUGCAUUGCAGCCCAUCAGCGACCAGACAAGCAAAACCUCUUUGCCAUCAUCCAGGGUGGUCUAGACGCGGAUCUCCGGACCACCUGCCUCGAAGAGAUGACCAAGAGGGACGUGCCGGGCUUCGCCAUCGGGGGCCUGAGCGGGGGCGAGAGCAAGGGCCAGUUCUGGAGGAUGGUGGCGCUGAGCACCUCAAGGCUGCCUAAGGACAAGCCACGCUACCUGAUGGGGGUCGGCUAUGCCACUGAUCUGGUGGUCUGCGUGGCUCUCGGAUGUGACAUGUUCGACUGCGUCUUCCCCACGCGGACGGCGCGCUUUGGCUCAGCUUUGGUGCCCACCGGGAACCUGCAGCUGAAGAAGAAGCAGUAUGAGAAGGACUUCCGGCCCAUAGACAACGACUGUGCCUGUCCCACCUGCCAGAAGCACAGCCGGGCCUUCCUGCACGCUCUGCUGCACAGCGACAACACGGCCGCCCUGCAUCACCUCACCGUCCACAAUAUUGCCUACCAGCUGCAGCUGAUGAGCGCCGUGAGGGCCAGCAUCGUGGAGAAGCGCUUCCCUGACUUUGUCCGGGACUUCAUGGGCACCAUGUACGGGGACCCCACCCUCUGUCCCACCUGGGCCACUGAAGCCCUGGCCUCGGUGGGGAUCACUCUGAGUUGAUCUGGUUUGGGGCGGCGGGAGGGGAGGGACUGGGAGGUACGGAAGGAUUUUUUAAAUUAUUAUUAUUCUAAUUUAGAGUGUUAUCUGUGCCUUCUCGGGAAGGUGGCCUGUCUUGGUCCUCUUCUUCUGAGUGUCCCUGUGGCCAAUGUGUCAUUCCCAUGUUGUGUCCAGUUCCACGCCCCCCCCACCCCUGCUCCCCCCAUUGAUAAUAAUAAUAAGUGACCUUGGCAGCAGCUGUUCUCUGGAAACCACCUGGCGCAGCCUGGCAUGUAGGACGUACCCCAGCACGGGAGAUGCGUCCUUUUUCCUGUGGCUCAGGCCCCCCAGCCAGCCUGAGGGUGGGUACUUAUUCCCCAACUUUCCACAGGUGAGGAAAUAGGCAGAGAGGGAAAGUAGCUUGUCCACGGUCACCACUGAGAGGAAGCCCCUGGCUCUGGAGCUCCUGCUCUGAGCCUUGACUCUUGACGCAUGGCUUAAUUUUGCUGUCAGUAAACACAGUGAUGGUGACAGUAGGUGUGAUCUAGCAGAUGCUUACGCUGUUGUUGUUUUCUUUUUAAGAUUUUAUUUAUUUAUUUGACAGAGAUCACAAGUAGGCAGAGAGGCACAUGGAG